AAAUAAUAGCUGCCACUCCAUUUUAUUAUGUUCCCUGUCCUUUACUUACCUCUCAGGUCAUCAAGAUCUUCGUUUUAGGGGCGACUGUUUGAGUUGUGCCAAUUCUCUCUCCACCUACCGGACUUCUAUUCGAGUAGCUCCAAUGUCGGUGACUGUAAGGUCAGUGAAAAUCAGCAAUGUUUCCCUCAGUGCAUCAGUGCAAGAUAUCAAAGAAUUCUUCUCCUUUUCUGGGGACAUUGAACAUGUUGAAUUGCAAAGCGCCGAUGAGUGGUCUCAAAUUGCUUAUGUCACCUUCAGAGAUUCACAGGGGGCAGAAACAGCUCUCCUUCUUUCUGGAGCAACUAUAGUUGAUCUCUCUGUUAUUGUUACUCCUGCCCCAGAAUACCAAGUACCCACAGUUGUUUCAGCUCCAGAGCAUAAUGAGGCUAAAGCCACAAGUGGAUCUGGAUCAGUCGUACAGAAGGCUGAAGAUGUCGUCACUUCAAUGCUUGCCAAGGGCUUUAUCCUGGGCAAAGAUGCUGUUAACAAAGCAAAAACUUUCGAUGAGAAGCACAGCCUCACAUCCACAGCCUCUUCUAGAGUUGCUUCCUUUGACAAGAAAAUCGGACUGACUGAGAAGAUCAGCAUGGGUACUUCAGCUGUCAAUGAGAGAGUCAAGGUAGUCGAUGAGAGGUUGAAGGUCUCUGAGACGACUAAAUCAGCCUUCACUGCAGCUGAACAGACAAUAAGCAAUGCUGGAUCCGCAAUCAUGAAGAACAGGUAUGUCUUUACUGGCGCAUCCUGGGUGACCGGCGCAUUCAGUAAAGUUGCCAAGGCAGCAAGUGAUGUCGGAGCUAAGACGAAAGAGAAAGUUGCCGCAGAGCAGCAUCAGAGAGAAUGAUCUAUUCCUGAAAUGGCUUUGCGACUGGUAUUCUAUCGUCGUGUUUUUCUUGGUUAGGGAUACAAAUCAAUAUGCCAUCAGACCAUUCCUAGUGUAAUUUUUUUCCAUAGAUAAAUCCUUUUGUAUGGAAUUGUCAUUCGGGAUGUGAUUCCAUUUUCUUUUUAUUGUCGUU